GGGGCGGCAGCGGCUGCUGCGGCGGCCGCGGCGGGCCAGGUGGCCGCGGCUUCGGCUGCGGCAGCCGUGGUUGGAGCGGCCGGGCUGGCCUCCAUCUGCGACUCGGACACGGACCCCCGGGAGCUGGAGGCCUUCGCCGAGCGCUUCAAGCAGCGGCGGAUCAAGCUCGGGGUGACGCAGGCCGACGUGGGCUCGGCCCUGGCCAACCUCAAGAUCCCCGGGGUGGGCUCGCUGAGCCAGAGCACCAUCUGCCGCUUCGAGUCGCUCACGCUGUCGCACAACAACAUGAUCGCACUGAAGCCCAUCCUGCAGGCGUGGCUGGAGGAGGCCGAGGGUGCUCAGCGCGAGAAAAUGAACAAGCCGGAGCUCUUCAACGGAGGCGAGAAGAAGCGCAAGCGGACUUCCAUCGCCGCCCCGGAGAAGCGCUCCCUCGAGGCCUACUUCGCCGUGCAGCCCCGGCCCUCCUCCGAGAAGAUAGCCGCCAUCGCCGAGAAACUGGACCUCAAAAAGAACGUGGUGCGGGUUUGGUUUUGCAACCAGAGACAGAAGCAGAAAAGGAUGAAAUUCUCCGCCACCUACUGA